AGGCAUUCUGGCUCAAUUCCCGCGAAAGGAUAUGGCAGAGGCCUCGGAAUCUCCGCAUCGCUUGUUGUACAAACAGGUGGGCUCACCGCCUUGGAAAGAGGCUUUCAGGCAGGGAUGCCUGGAGAGAAUGAGAAACAGCCGGGACAGGGUCCUGAACAGAUACCGCCAGACUGUGCCAGGGAGAAUGCAGAAAACCCUUGUACAGGAGGUGAUGGAAGAAGAGUGGAAUGCUUUGCAGUCAAUGGAGAGCAGUCCAGAGGUCUUGACUCAGGUGGAAGAACCAAUGGACCUGACUGUGUUGGAAGAAAUUCAGCAGGAGCUGACUGACCAAGAACAGUCCAUCAUCAGUGAGUAUGAGAAGAGCUUGCAGUUUGAUGAAAAGUGUCUCAGCAUCAUGCUGACUGAGUGGGAAGCAAACUCCCUCAUCUGUCCUGUGUGUACAAAGUACAACCUGAGGAUAGCAAGUGGAGUGGUUAUGUGUCAGUGUGGCCUGUACAUCCCCUCACAUUCUCCAGAGUUGACAGAACAACAACUUCGUGCCUGUUUAGAGGACAGUGUGAAUGAGCACAGUGCGCACUGUCCCCACACACCUGAGUUUUCACUCACUGGAGGGACAGAAGAAAAGGCCAGUCUCCUCAUGAGCUGUCUGGCUUGUGAUACUUGGGCUGUGAUCCUCUAGCACCAACUCUGACUCAUCGUUCCACUGGGUUGGAAACAACUGGUUCCAUCUGAGAAGGGACCUUGUAAAUACAAACCUUUUAUUUAUAAGUUAUUUUGUAUUAAA